UGGCAGAAUGUAAGCACUUCUGUUGUUGAACUCGGACUCACUGCGCUCGAUGCGAUCUUUUAUCUCGACGUUGGCUACCUGGCUCCACGCACAUUUUCCCCUUUGCACGAUGUUCACCACGGUAGCCUUGACCAGGAUGAACCGACGCCAGAAUGAGUGGGUCGUGCCCUCGCCGUGACCUCUCCGUCAUGUCCGCCACCUCCUCCCUCAAACACACACGGGUCUAUGGCUUCUCCAAGAGGGACCGCUCGCCUUCGCCUUCCCCCUCCCCGGCCACCUCCUCCUACAGCCCCCUCCGGAGACUGCAGCACCUAACCACCAGGGUCAACCAGCCAGAGACGCCCCAACCAACGCAAGAACCGGACCAAACCUGGGAGUGGUCCAGAAAUAAGGAAACUAAAGCGGACAGUAAAUGCAAUUGGAUUGAUUGUCACAGCAGGAAAUCGUCUAAAAUCCACGAUAAGGAUGAUUUUGGGUGCUCUUCUUCUGGAUAUAAGCAAAACGAUACGCCAAUCGGGACCAGUCAAAACAAAGACGGCUGCUUUUCAGGUCCUCCCAGCCCGGCGUUUUCUCUCGAUAGCAAUAGCCCCUUUGCUAACGGAUUCCUACAUUUUGAGUCUUCGCUAUUUGAGGACGAUGAUGAGGACAGUAGCAAUAAACCGCCAAACAUCGAGGGAGAGAGAGACUUGGGGGACAAUAGAGAAACUUUGACCCCUGCUCCGGACGUAAGUGAUGUAAAUAGAGAGUGUAACAUGGAAGGGGGCGGGGCUGAGAGGUCGGCCAAGGUGGUGACGCGUUCGCAGUCCUCGGGUCAGCGUCGGAGAUACUGGGACGGAUCGGACGACGAGUGGGAAAGUGACACGGAGCUGUUCCUGUUCGCAGACAGUCCCCUCAGAAACGCACUGAGCACUCAGAGUAAGUCACUGGCCCCGGUAAAGUACUUUGAAGGAGAGGUGGUCUGGGCGAAGCUGAGCAGACGCCCCUGGUGGCCAUGUGAGGUCACUGCAGAUCCCAGUCAAGGCUGUUACCACAAGGAGAAAGAGCCCAGUGACCGUCCCUGCCGCCUGUACUAUAUUCGUACGUUCGGGGAGAACCCAGAGGAGUCGUGGCUUGAGGAUAAAUUCAUCCACAUUUUUCAUGGAGGGUUUCAGUUCGAGCAGCUGCAGCGGAGCAAAGGGAAGCAUAAAGACAAGAACAAGAAGAACACUAUUGCCAAGCGCUUCCUGGACUCUUGGAGCUCUUCUGUUGCCGAGGCCGAAGCUCUCCUGGAGCAGAGAUCCAACAUGGCUUCCUCCUUCCUCUCCGCCCUCGAUGACCUCCCUCCGCACAGGUCUCAGUCUCCAGAACUCGAAGCACUUCCUGCCUCUUCGGACCUUUUUCAUACAGACACAUCGCACCUGAACAUGGGAUCUAUAACACCUCUGAGUGAAUUCACUAACAAAACAAGCACUUUAACCAAGAUUGCAGGAAAGAAAAAGUUAAAAAGUAAAUUGAAAAUAACAACAACGCCUAACUCUUUGGAACAUGACAGUGGAGAAUGUCCGUAUUGUGAUCUAGACUCUGUCCCUAAGAUCCUCUGUCCGAAAGCACUUGAACGCCACGCAAAAUCUAAAACUUCAAUUUCCACAGACCCUCAUAUGUCCACGCAAGACAAAGAAGUGAAAAUGCAUCAAACCGAAGUCCACACCGGGCUUUGGUUCAGCAAAUCUAGCAAAGAUCGGCGUCCAAAAACAUUACCAGAUCGAACACUUUUUAGCAAAGUCUCGAAAAAGAAAAACUCCUCUUUUGUGGCCUCAAAAAAGAUUGUCAGAGAUUGUACUUUUUCCUCAAAUUUAUCUUUUGGUUUUGGUGAACAGGUAGACAAAACUAAACCAAAUGAAAAUGUCACUCUUGAACCACCAGUGCAGCUAAAAGAGAAACCCGAGGAGACUUUUGGUGCUAAGAAACACGUGGCAGACAGACUUGAAAGCUUUGUUGAUAAUACAUCUUCAAGCAACACUAAAAUGGACAAGUUUUUGAGUGAGAGUAGAUUUUCAAGUGCUCAUAACAUAACAAACCCAAUAAAAAAAGCUGCAAGUCAAGAAAAGCUCGUAAUGGAGCCUAAAACAGAGCUACGCUUAGAAGUAAACACCAGUAGCAACAGCAACCCUGAUAUCUCUUUGUGUGUUACUAAGGAUGUAGCAACGAGCUCAAGGACUAGCUUGGUUAAUAAAACAAAAAGCAGUCAAAAUAAGAAUACAAAACAAUCUGAGCAAAAUAUUGUCUCACCACUUCCAGAAGAAAAUUUAAUACCUGGAAUCAUUUUAGACAAUUCAAAUCCAUUGAUAAAACUGAUGAAAGAGGCAGCGUUACUGUCAAAAAAUAAAAUUCCUUUUGUUAAAUUAAUACGCAAGAAGAUUCCUGUCAAUUCAGGGCAAAAUUCUGUGGGAACUGUUGGCAAAGACGAUCAAUCAAAACCAAUUAAAGAUCUGCGUGGGUCAAUCAGAGAAUUGGAAACAAAAGCGAGCAAAAUCAAGAAGGGGAAAUAUAAAAAGUAUAAAGGCAAAAAACAAAAAUGUGGACGCUCAUCAAAAAAGAAAAUGAAGGUUUUACUGCAAAAUAAUCAAGAGAAUUCAGAAGAGUUGGUUAGCCAGAAAGAGACAAAGCGAACUUCUGCUGACGAUGUUAAAGAAACUGUGGAGCAAUGUUUGGAAAAGCGAAAUUCUAAAAAUGAUGAAGUGAAGUCAGAUGAAAAUACAAGCAAAUUAGACGCGAAAGAAAUUAAAAAACGUGGCCGACCUCCAAAAACCAAACAACCGUUGCCAAAACUGACUCAUUUGGGAUCUACAUUGAGAUGCAUUGAAAAGUUAAGUCGUCAAGAAUUGCUCAAUAGUUUGAAAGAAGCAGAGGCAAACGCGGUGAAAGUGGCUGAUUCGGAAGUCAAAACAGAAAAGUCUAAAAAGCAAAAAGGUGGUCGCCCAGCUAAAAGCACUCCCGAAACAUUGUCAAGUCCAGUUAAGCAUUCGACAAUGUUUGAAAGUUUUGAUAGCCCAGAGAAAGACGCAAACAAGACAGAUGAGACAAAAAGUGAAACUGCACUAGAAGCUAAAUUAGCAAAACAAGCAAAGAAGUCUAAAAAUUUUAAAGCAAGUCGGUCAUCUAAAACUUCCUUGAAAAAGCAGUCAAAGGAAAGCAAAAUUUCAAUAUCAGAAGAUGUGGAGAACAGUGAGCACAACGAUUUAAAUGUAAUGGACGACCAAGAUGAGACCGACCAAGAAUUUGACAAGUCUGUAGUUAAAAACCUUCCUAAAGAUGGACGCCUUGCUCAAAUUCCUUCAAAAUCUUCGUCGCUUCAGGAGGAAUGCGUUGAGGAACUUUGUCAAACUGAUUUCAACAAUAGCGACCACAGAGAAACGAAAACUUUAACUGACCUGAAAGCAGAUUUAGUGAGGGAAUCAAGAAAUGUCCAAGCAUCGAAGCAUAAAGGACGUUCCGCUAAAAUGCCUUUAAAAUCACCAUCGGAGAAAGACACACAGGAAACUGGUUGGGCAAGUGACCCAAAUGAAAUGAGGAAAAAUCAUGGAGAACCCGAUCUCAGUGUUGAGUUAUCUAAAAAAUUUGAAAACUCACGGCGCUCUACGAAAUUAGCAUCAUUGCAGAAUCAAGUCAUCCAGGUGUCAGCUUUGGAGAGUGUGAAUAAAUUAUAUCCAGUUGGUGACAAAGUAGAUUCUAAUUUGACAAAAGAGUCUAAAAUAAAAGGUAAAAAGGCUAAAGAUGCUAAAAUUCCUUCAAUUACAAAUCGAGCUAGCCAGGCGUCAGUGCUGCCAAGUCUGACUGAAAGUGGCCAAAGUGAAAUUGGCAAUCACGCUUCAAAAAAUAUUGAAACUGCUGAUGCUAACGCGACAAAAGAAUCAGAAAUGGCUAAAGACAGAGAGACUAAAGUGGGACGUCAUGCUAAAAUUACUUCCAUGUCCACUCCAGUUUGCAAAGACUCGACAGAAAGACCGUAUGAUUCAAAUGUUAGCGAUUGUUGUGACGCGAGUAAAACCUCAAAACAUGCAAAUUCUAACUUUGACGAAUCUGAAUUCAAGUUGAAACAAUCACUGAUGGAGUUAAAAGUCAAAACCAGCACUGAAAAGCCUAAAACGAGAAUUGAUGACCAGUUAGAGAGCUACAACGUAAAUAAAGUUCUUUUCCAGUCGAAUACCAACCCAAGUGUUCCGAAAGUUCAAGAGAAACGCAAUUUCAAAAAGUCGAAAAAGCUAAAAGAUCGUUACGGUAGAUUUACGUCACUACAUCGCCUUUCCCAAGAAUUAGCAUCGCAGUAUGACAGUGCAGUGGAGGCUACCAGCGCAAAUAUGCUCGAACUUAACAUUGCAAAGUUGAGUUUAGAAGAUUCAAGGGAAACGUCAGCAACUACUGCGACUGCUGAAAUGAAAAACGCCAAGGUUCAAAAUAACAGACAGGAGCAAGUUUUGAUGGAAGUCAGUGAAACUGGCGACAACAAUGGUACAAAUCAGUUAUCUGUAAGUAAACAAACAAAGCUAGAUUCUGACAAUUCUGAAAAAGAAAAGAAAUUUGAUCAUUCCAAACAGCCUCUUGUUAAAAACCCUCCAAAAACUACCUUGUUAAAUCAAAAAGGUGACGUACAAAGCGUAAUUCAAUUGAGCAGCCAUGAAAACCGGAAAAAACCUACCAAGACACAAAACACAGAUGUUAGUAAAGUUAACCAUGAAGAAUUGGAAGUUACCUCUGAAUGUACAAUGCCGAUAGUAAAAAAACUGAAGGUUGGGGGCCUACCUAAAAUGACCGUGGACUCGCAUGUCUGCAAGGAAAGUUUUGAGGAAGAAAAAGCUAGACAAGAAUUGACAAGAAGCUCAAAGAUGUCAGAUCCAAUAGUUGCAAAAAUAAACUUAAGAGAUGCAGAAAUUUCAGAUUCAAAACAUUCCCAGAAGCCAAAUGUUGUACCGCUAAAUCCAGCUUGUGUUGCCUCAUUUGAAAGUAGUAAAAAGUUUAAUAAGGACCAAGAUAUGUCAACAAAGAGUAUAGAAAUGACAAAAGACAAUGUAAAGGAUUUUAAAUGUUUCCCAGACUCCAAACUCUCUCCUGUUAAAACGCUAAAAGCGUCUGGCCAUGAAAAAACUAUUCCAAAAUCAGGUUUGAAUCAGACUAGUCAUAAAACAUUGGAAAGAGUUGAUCAGUUGAAUUACCAAACAUUCGGCAAAACAUCGGAAAAUAAAACCAAUGUUAAUUUAGAAACCUUGGAAUCUCUUUCUAAACAUUCAGUGGUCAAGAAAAUUAAAGAUGGCAGCUCUACUAAAAUUGAUGCAUUUGCAAAUGAAUCUGUUCCACCUUUAUGCGAAGUUGAAAAAAUAACCCACCCUGAAAUGAAAAAAAUUACAGAUUUACCAGAAGUUGACCAAGUAAAAAUUUCAGACUCCGAAAGCGCCAGAACCUUUGUACAGAAAAGAAAAGUUGGUCGUCCAUGCAAAAUUGUAAAGGAAUCAGUGCCCAUUCCAGCAAACCACAUUUCACCAACUAGAAAAAUAGAAGACUUGAUCCACCAGGAAUCUUUACCAAACAAUGAAAUGAAAACACAUGACAACAAGACAACUACAAUUAAUCUAGAAGAGGCCCGAAUUGCGUUGGAAGCUAUAAAAACGCCAAACAUCCAGAAACGUAAAGUUGGACGUCCUGCCAAAAUUGUAACCCCAAUCACCCAUUCUGUCCCACCUUUAGGAAAUGACGGAAGACUGAAGGCCCUGGAUGACUUGACUGUUAAAACCAAGAGGCGGGAAGAUGUAUCUUCAGUAAAUUUAGAAGAAACUCACGUCGAAACUUCACAGGUUAAGUUAAAAGUAGGCGUUCCAACUUUAGACUCAAAUCAAACUAAUCAUGAGACUACAUUUGAGACAAACUCCAAGGCAGAUGCUGGUAUAACUACUGUAAAAUCUUGUGCUGAGUCUAAAAAUCCUCUGGUUAAAAAGUUCAAAGUUGGUUCUCCAAGUAAGACAACAGCUGAAGCUUAUACAAAUCAAGCUAAAGAGGUGUCUGUAACUGAACGAGGGAUUACAAAAAAUCAUUUUGUAGAUAAUAAAUGCGUGAAGGUUCUCAAAGCUAACGCAAACUUGGAAGUUACUGAAAUUUUAGUCGAUUCCAAACAAGCUUUAUUUGAUAAGUACAGAGUUGUCCAAUAUCCAAAAACUGAAUUAUUACCAAAACAAAGAAGCACAGGUUUUGAAGAAGAAUGGCAAAAAUAUGUAUCAAAAAAUGUAAGGACACAUGAAGAUGCAAUGAUACACACAACUAAAGAAAAUCAGGAAACCGCAGAAGUCCCACCCGACUGUUUGAAAGUCAACAAACAGAAAAUGGCCCCUAAAAUUUUGGCAUCAGAAAAUCAACCUAAGUCAGUUUCAACCGCAGAAACAACAGGUGAAGCAACAUCAACACCCAAACUGGAUGUUGUUAUUGAUAGAACCGACCAAAAGACACCUGAAACCCCAUCUAUCAAGGAAACAGCAAAAAAAUUUAAAGGACGAUCUGCGAAAAUAGCAUCACAAACAAUGGUAGAUCAAGACCGAAAUGUGCCUGCGAUUAAAAGUUUGGAGGAGUUAGUGAAACAACAAAAUUCAAAAGAUAUCGAACCAACGCUGGAUGGUACAAUGUCAUAUUUCAGAAACGAUUUUGUUGAAAGUGUACGUCAACAAAGGACUCACCAAAAAAGUCCACAGGUUCUAAACGAGGAGUAUUUUGAGAAAUCUUCACUUAGAAAAAACUUGACCGAAAAGGAUUUUAUGAAGUCCAGGGACCUCGACCAACAGGAUGUAAUCACUUUUGACGAAUUGCAAGAGAAAAUCACGGAACCUCCCCCAGCUCCAACCCCAAUCCCAGAGUCUAAUAUUGAGCCACUUUUAAAGAAAUUAAAGGUGAAAAAGUGCGUUAUUAACCUGUCACAGUCAAUGAAGGGGAAGAUUAAUAAGGAUUUUACCUCUGAAAAUACAGAAGUUAAACGAAUCACAAAUGCAGCAAAUAAUAAUGAAGAGACAGUGCUGGAUGCUAAAAUGUCUGUGGACAGAGAAACACAACCAACUGAGAAAAGUGAAGUAGCAGAUAAUGAAAAUGUCGAGAAAGAUCAGAGUAAAUCUUCAAAUCAAAAGAAUAAAUGUAAAAGUUCGAUAGGAAACGCUAGUCAGACGGUACCUGUGGACUCUGAACGGAAAACUGUUAUAAAUGCAAAAGAGUUGUCUAAAUGCAAGGGUCCUAAAGGUAUUGAAAAUUCAUGUGAAAAUGAAAAAUGCCGUAAUAGAGUAGAUCAAGACAGAUUUGAAAAUGAUGUGCCAAGGACUUCGGAUCUUGAGAGUUUUGAAAAUUUUGAGAAGCAUUUUACCGUGGAUUCUUCAAGUCCUGAAUGUACAUUGGUAGAUAAAAGCCAAAGUUUUGUUAAGAAAUUGGACGCUAAAAACGUAAAUAAAACUUUACCUGAGCAGCCUGCGCAUCUCCCAGCAAGCAGUAGACUCAUGACACGAGCUUUCGAAGCGAUGGAAGAUACCGAGCAAAAGAAAGAGGCGGAGAAAUCUAAGAAACACUCAAAUUCACAGAAAAAAACUGCCAAAGAUGCGCAAAGCUCGUCAUGGAAACCGGAAACGAACUUGGACUUCUGCAGCGACUUGGAGUCCGUUGAAAAUUACUGCAACAAUAGGUUUUCCAGCCCGAGCAUGUCUCCGAUCUCGUCAGCGUCUUCGGAUGUGAACGAUUUGGACGUUGAGGUUAAGAGUGAAGAAGAGGGAGUUUUGAUUUCCUCGACUCCUCCGGUGGACUUCAUACCUCUGACGUCAAAGGUUUCGACGAAAAAGGAUGAACAAGAGGCGCAGACGACAGCUCCGUUUUCGUUUAUGACCGCAUUGAAAAAUGUGGAUGAGCUGUCCUUUCAGUCCGUGAGCGAAAAUAGCGAUGGGAAGCCAGUAACAUUCAAAGCAGACGCCAAUUAUAAGUUCAGCACUUUUCUCAUGAUGAUAAAGGACCUGCAUGAUACUCGAGAGAAAGAUGGGGCACCUUUGGAACUUGAAAUAGGCCCUCCCAGCGCACAUAUUAAAAAAGAACCGAUGAUUAUGCCAGAAGCUGAAAUUAUGAAUCAAGAAACUAGAAACUUUGACAGCAAGGAAAGCCAAUCUCCAAAGAAGCUGUACUUAAAGAAGACCAGUUCAAUGUGGGUUAAGAAGAAGAGUAAAGGGGGCAGAUGUGGGCCUGGCGUACCUGGGAUAGAGUCUCCUGUUGGGGCAGAGGAUGAAGUGGACAGGGGGGUGGUGGUGCAUACAUCGGAAAGGCAUAAAACCUGGGAGUGUGUACAGAAAGAGGUGGAAGAGACAGGCCCGAAAGCGAAUGGAGUGGUGGGAGAGAAAAGGACGAGUCUGAUCAUCAAAAUCACAGGAGACAAGAGUCAAGAAGGACAUAAACGGAUUAGAAAGCCCAGUAAAAGGCUGAUUGAAUGGACUGAAGAGUAUGACCAGAUAUUUUCAUCCAGAAAGAAAAACAAGAAACUUCAGACAACGGACAAGGACCAAAUAUUAUCAGCGUCGGAGCAGCCUCUGUCGCAAAAUGUCUUUCCUGAAAUGCAAACUCCGCCUCCCGAGGAACCCUCCAGAACCUCUCCAUCUGAACUACAGAGCCCCUGCACGGAGAACUCCAGCUCCCAGAGUGCACCACUGAUCUCCGUGGAUACGCUGACCCCACCCCCUGAGACUGAGCCUGCACUGACGGAGACACCAGUGAAGGACUCAGAAGGCAGUUCCGUUUUGGAGAAAAAGCGAAAGAGGAAACCCACUCAGAAAAUCCUGGAGUAUUGUUUGGAAGCAGAGGCCGCUCCAUCGCUCAAGAAAAAGGUUAAGGCAGUCAGGAAUUACUUAAAUCCACCUCCACAGUCUGAUCCUCAAUCUCUGAAGAAGUUGAAGCAGCUCAUCAUCUCCACUACCUGCCUAUCUACAUCGGAGUCAGCAGAGCCCCCUGCAGUUCAAACCAGUCCCACACCAGACCAGGACCAAGACUCUAGUCCUGGUUUAGACGCAGAUUUAGAGGAACCUAAACCCGAAGAGGAAAAUUCAGAAGAUUUUGAACUUUCUCUGCCCCUCGAUCCACAAAGUCAGGAGGAGCAGGAGAUGGACAUGGGUCUGGACCAGAGUGACCUGCUCCUGGACGAUGCUGCUUUAGCUCAAAGGAAAAUCAUCGGAGACAGAGGAGGACCUGCCUCUAUGAAGGAGAACAUCUGCCAGGUGUGUGAGAAGACCGGAGAGCUGCUGCUGUGUGAGGGUCAGUGUUGCGGGGCCUUCCAUCUGCCUUGCAUCUCUUUAGCUCAGGCUCCAAAGGGCAAGUUCAUCUGCCCCGAGUGCAAAUCAGGUGUCCACACGUGUUUUGUGUGUAAGAAGCGCGGGGAGGACGUGCGGCGCUGUAUGAUUCCUGUUUGUGGAAAGUUUUAUCACGGUGAAUGUGUCACCGCCUUUGGCCCGACCGCCCCCACCGUCAACCGCGGCUUCAGGUGCUCCAUCCAUGCCUGCCUCACCUGCCACCUCACCAACCCCACCAGCAGCAACCUGUCCAAAGGACGUUUGGUGCGCUGCGUCCGCUGUCCCGUUGCGUAUCAUGCCACUGACCUGUGCAUGGCGGCCGGCUGCAGAGUCCUCUCCUCCAACAGCAUCCUCUGCCCAAACCACUUCACCCCGAGGAAGGGAGUCAAGAACCACGAGCAUGUCAAUGUGAGCUGGUGCUUCGUCUGCACUGAAGGGGGCAGUCUGCUGUGCUGCGAGUCCUGCCCCGCUGCCUUCCACAGAGAGUGCCUGAACAUCGAGAUGCCCAAAGGUUCAUGGUUCUGUAACGACUGUAAGUCCGGAAAGAAGCCACGAAUCAAGGACAUCCUCUGGGUCAAAGUGGGCCGCUACAGGUGGUGGCCGGCCGAGGUGAGUCACCCAAAGUCGAUCCCAGAAAACAUCCAGCGAAUGAGGCACGACGUGGGCGAGUUCCCAGUGCAUUUCUUUGGCUCCAACGAUUAUCUGUGGACGUACCAGGCUCGGGUCUUUCCUUAUAUGGACGUGGACGCCAACAGCAAAGAGAAGAUGGGAAAAGGAGUCGAUGCCACCUACAAGAAAGCCCUGGAGGAGGCAGCAGAGAGGUUCAGGGAGCUUCAGGCCGAGAAAGAGCUCAGACAGCUUCAGGAAGAUCGGAAGAACGACAGAAAACCUCCACCUUAUAAACACAUCAAGGUGAACCGGCCGAUUGGGAAGGUGCAGAUCUUCACUGCGGACCUGUCGGAGAUCCCGCGCUGUAACUGUAAAGCCUCAGACGAGAGCCCGUGUGGGAUGGACUCAGAGUGCAUCAACCGCAUGCUGCUGUAUGAGUGCCACCCACAGGUUUGUCCAGCAGGAGAGAAGUGUCUGAACCAGGCCUUCACCAAACGGGAGUACAGCUCAGUGGAGAUCUUCAGGACACUGUCUCGGGGCUGGGGUCUGCGCUGUAGCCACGACAUCAAGAAGGGUCAGUUUGUGAGCGAGUACGUGGGGGAGGUCAUCGAUGAAGAGGAGUGCAGAUCCAGAAUCAGAGAUGCUCAAGAAAACGACAUUGGAAACUUCUAUAUGCUCACUCUAGAUAAGGAUCGUAUCAUCGACGCAGGGCCGAAGGGAAAUGAGGCGCGCUUCAUGAACCACAGCUGUCGUCCAAACUGUGAGACUCAGAAGUGGACGGUGAGCGGAGACACCAGAGUGGGACUGUUCGCGCUGGAGGACAUCCCCGCAGGUACAGAGUUGACCUUCAACUAUAACCUGGAGUGUUUAGGAAACGGAAAAACAGUUUGUAAAUGUGGAGCUCCAAACUGCAGCGGCUUCCUCGGAGUCAGACCAAAGAACAAUCCUCCAUCUUCCGAGGACAGAGGGCGCAAGUUUAAGCGUCGUGGUCGAAGGAAGAGCAGAGCUGUUCUGACUAAAGAACGGGAAGAUGAGUGUUUCAGCUGCGGAGACGGAGGGCAGCUGGUCUCCUGCAAGAAACCUGGAUGUCCAAAAGUCUAUCACGCCGACUGUCUCCAGCUCACCAGGAGGCCGGCCGGACGGUGGGAGUGUCCGCGGCAUCAGUGCGACGUCUGCGGAAAGGAAGCGAAAUCCUAUUGCGAAAUGUGCCCCAGUUCGUUUUGCGAUCAGCAUAAAGAGGGACUGCUUUUCAAAUCCAAACUGGACGGAAAACUUUGCUGCACCGAACACGACCCCUGUGGCCCCAACCCUCUGGAACCGGGCGAAAUCCGAGAGUACCAACCUACGGACAACCAAUUCCAACCAACGGAUAACAGCGGGAUCACCUACGGACUCGGAAUGGCGGUCAUCCCUACCACCUCGUCCAGUACCACUAACGCCAACGCAGCUAGCACCUCCAGCAACGACGGGAAUGCAUCGCCUGCCUUUUCCAUCCCAAUCACGCUGGCCCCUAGUGGCUCGGAGAGGUCCUGCAGCAGCCCGCCUUGUUUUGAGCUGCCGCAUUAUUCGCCGAUUUCGUCGUACGAUGAGGACGACGAGGACGAAGAGGAGGGAGACGUGGCCGACGACGUGGAGCAGGAUUUAGUCGAGCAGGGAGAGGAAAAAUCUGACCCGGAAAGUCUGGAAUAUUUGGAAAUAAAAGAUGACGAUUAUGAAGAUGAUGAUUAAUUGGCGUGGCAGGAAGUCAGUUUUUGUUACAGCUAUUUUUAUACAGUAAUUUAACAGAAAUAAAGGGUCAUGGCGUUGUUGUUUUACGUUGCACUUAGGGGUGGGCGAUAUUAACAAAAAUGGAGAUCUGUUUUUUUGUGGAAUAUUCAAACGAUAUUAUGCCACUCAAUCAGAAAUGUGCUAAAAUGUGCCUAUGACUUGUGACUAGACUGUAAAAUCAACUAGAAAAGUGAAGAAAAAUCGCCACAUACUCUUGUUUAAAGCUGCACUUUGUAGCAUUUCUGUUAAGGGGGGGUCCACCUGCUUGUCUACAUGAAUUUUGCCUGAAAUGUUCCACAGUACGGCAUUACAUUUACUGACUAUAUCUUACAUUUAAUCAUUUUCAGAUGUUUUUAUAGCUCAAAAAUACCUUGAAAACCAUACAUUCCUCAUGUGAUGUGAUUGGGGUCGCCUCUCCACAGAUCUGACCUGUAGCUUGUCCAAGUGACAUCUCCAUGGAGACAGAGAAGUGUAAAGUAUAUUGUGGAACAUUCCAGGCAAAGCAGUAGCCGACCCUCUACCAGAAAUGUUAUUUAGAGCAGCUUAAAAAACACUUCAGAUUUGUUGUAUUUUUAUUUCAAUCAGCUAUUUUUGCAGUUUUAACUUUUUUUUAUAUAUAUAUUUGAGAUAACUUAUUCAAUUUAAUUUUUUUCUCCAAAGCAACAACUGUAAUAUUGUGCAUUUUUCAACAUAUCUCCUACCUCUAAAACGCAGUUGACUCAGACUGUCAUCUUUGAUGAUAGUAAUGCUAAAACAGAAAAAAGAUGUGUUUUGAUUCAGUGAGAAAUACUGCAGAAAUGUACAGAAAUGUGUUACACGGGUGGUUCCAAUGACCUAAAAAUCCCCAACAGUUCUAUUGAUACUUUGCAGUGAGAUCAUGCUGGGGGUGUUCAACAUGUAACUCUAUGGCUGAAUGUGCAACAGACGAAACCAUUUUAAGAUGCAAAAUGGAUUUAAACAGCACAUUUUCAGGAGCCUGUGAGUUUGGUUUUCAACAAAAGUUUGAGAGUAAUUAACUGAACUUCCAAUUUAGGCUACGUUCAGACUGCAGGGUUUAGUGCUCAAUUCGGAUUUUUUGCAAGGUCAUUUACAUUUCCAAUUAAAUGCGACUUGUAUGUGAUCUCCAGUGUGAACUUUAAAUGGCCCAAAAGUGUCCCGCAUGCCCAUUGGAGGACACGAUGACGUCACACAUAACUCCCUAACCUCACUUUCCCUCCAUUGACUGGAGUCAGAGCCUGACGUGUAGGUGGGAUGAAUGUGACCUGGCCGUUCAGACUGAAGUCGCAUCUCAAAAGAUCAGAUAUGUAUCUGUUUUAGGACCACAUAUCAAAAAAUUUGAUAAAAUUGUAUCUGUUUCGUUCAGACUGUCAUAAAAAGAUCCGAUACAGGAGCAUAGGGGCAAAAAAAUCAGAUUUGGGUCACUUCAGGCUGCAGUCUGAACGUAGCCUUAGUCACUUCUUUCUGAUCAGAUUGUGUUAAAAUAAAUGAGAUUAAAGUCCUCAGAGAGAGCAGUGCCUACAGUUCACACCCCCACCUGCAAAGUAUCAAUAAGAAGGAUCAAGAUGUUUAAAUUAUAUUGUAAUUUACAGUUGGAGAACUGCAGAAAAGAGUGGGGUCUUGGUCAAGAAAACCCCAUAAACAAAGUAAAAAGUAUGGGGGUGAAUCUGGUCUCAAACUGGCCUAAAACAGGUCUGAAGAAGGACUAAAAUGGGCCUAAAAUAAGAUUACACUAUUAUUUUAACAGCAGAUUCACACAAAUACGGUUACAUACAAGAUACUAAAGUCUAUUGUUACACCUGUGUUAUAAAUGACCGAUCUGAAUGUACAGUUACAUCGAAUUCAGAACAAAAUAUGAUGGAUUUAUAAUAAAGCUAUAAAGUCUAUAUACGAUUACAGUAGUGACGAAGUAACAUUUCAAAAACGGAGCCAUUUCUUGCUUUAAAAAAUGGCAUUUACGUCUAUAUUUCACCGCAAAUGUAUGUAAAAAUGACAGUAUUUGUAAGACGGUAGGUCCUCCGAUUUCUAUAAUGCAAUAAAAGUUACACAGGUAUUAGCAGAUUAUUAUUUAAAGGUCUCAUAUUACACUAUUUUCUGAUUUGUUAUAAUGUUGUUUCCUCAUUGCAAACAUAUCUGGAGUUGCAUUUUGUUUCAUCCACACUUGUUAAACUCACAAAUUUAGGUGGAGUUCGUCUCUCUUCACCUUCACUAGAAUCAUUUGGAUAAUUUCAGACCUGGAAUUGCUAUUUUUUACAAAAUUUUGUGUCAGUUUUGUGUAAUAUUGGACCUUUAAACAAGACAUUGUGGAAAAUCAACUUUUUAACUACAUUACAAUGGUUCCUCCUCUCCCUCAUUUACAGAGUUGUAACUUGAUUAAAGUAAUCCUGAGUCUUUCUUUUUCUUCUAACCAGUCAUGUGAUUAGAUUGUGAUUCAUGUUUUAACGAUAGGAUCCUGUUCAAAGUUAAAAUUAUAAACAAAAGACUGAAAUAUGAACUGAGAAUAAUGAUAUAAGAAUGCAAAUUAAGCCUGAAUAUUUUGUUAUUUGUGGAGGAAACUUUGGUACUUCAAAAAUUGCACUUACUAUUGCGUCCAUAUUGCGAUUUCGAGUUGAUUGUGAUUCAUUUCGCAUCCCUCGUCUUCACUCUGUCCUCGCAAAUGUGUUUUUAUCUUUAUGGUCUUUUAUCUUUACGCUAUUUUCUGAUUUAUAAUGUUGUUUCCUCAUCACACACAUUGAGUUGUGUUUUUGUUUCAUUCACACAAACCUUCACUAGAAUCAUUUGGAUCAUUUCGGCGCUGGAAUUUUCAAUCUCUACUGAAUAAAAAGUAAAACAUAGCUGUUAUUACUCGACAUCCCAAGCUGGAAAAGAGCAUUUUGAGCUUUGGAGAUGCAGACAGACUAAUAAUAAAGUGUUACUCAAACGUGAAUUAAACAAAUCACAACUUUUUGACGAGGUAACAGCAUUUUAACAUUACUUACGGAGAAUUUUAAUACCAUGACAAUAACACAUCAACUUUGGGAACGAUUUGUACCCCUGCUCCACCUCUCUCCCUUACUAACAACAACAAAAGACUUUGUUAUUCGCAAAACUUUUCCAAAAACGCCAAAUACUAAUUCACAAAACUUAAUUGAAUGUGUUUGAGGGAAGAAUUAUCAACCAUGUCCUGGAGUUAAAGUGUGGAUAAAAAGAGGAUUUGGCUGCUAAAGACUGCCUUUGAGAGCAGCCGUUUUGGACCUGACCUCGAUCCGGGACUUGUAUUUUAACUAUAGGAGUCUACCUGUACCUCGGAUGGACUACGAGACUGAACUUUGAGGUUUUCCGGGAAGGAUUUUGUUAGACUGUAAAAUAGAAGCUCUGUGGACAUUUGUAAGAAAAGUCUAUGAAAAUGUAACUGCUGAGAUAGUUUGUCGAAUUGUUGACGUGUUCAUAUUUAAAACUGUUCUGUGACGCACAAUAAAAUAAUAUGGAUAGUCUAACUGAAGCCAAUUUUGUCAUAGUAAAAACAUAAACAAAAAUUAUUAUUAUUAUGGUUUCCACAAGACUGUUAACACACUAGUAAAAAUAAUCUGUGUAUCAUUCGUUCAUUCGUUUUUCAAAAUAAAACCAAAAAUAAGAAAAAACAA